AUGGCGAGCAUCUUCUUCUCCGAGGUCGCGCCGUGGCAGCUCGUCCCCGCCGUCGCCCCGCCGAGGCAGGCCAAGCUCGACACCAUCGUCGAGGACGAGGAGGACAUCUCCAGCGUCGUCAGCAUGGCGCACGACGCGGCCGCCGGGUGCUGCUGCUUCCAGGGUGGGGCUUCUUCUUCGUCAUCGUCAGCUUCGGUGGCGGGCGGCGGCUGCUCCUGA